AUGAGUAUAUGUACCUAUUGUCAACUACCUAAUAGUCCCCUACUUGAAGCAAUGUUAAAGGGAACCUUGCAACACCAAGGCUUGAUGAAACCAUCUUGGCCAACAAGUAAGGUGUUCGAUAUAAACUCAACUUCACUUCACAUUGAAGAAUUGACUUAUAAUGUUAGCAAUUUGGAGGUCCUCACCCUCUCACGGAAUCAGCUCAAUGGAACACUGCCAAUGGAAGGUUUGGCAUCUUUCUACAAUCUAAAGAUCUUGGAUUUGAAACAGAAUGGUUUCUAUGGGAGUGUUCCUCCAUUCAUAGGGGCAUCUUCUCUGAAAGCUUUAUAUUUGAGUUCAAAUAAUUUUAUUGGUUCUUUACCCAUUCAAGGUUUAUGUGAACUGAAGAAACUUGAAGAGCUCGAUCUCAGCUAUAACCACUCUAAAGGAAUCUUUCCUCCAUGCAUAAGCAAUUUGAUGUCUCUCAGGCUGCUUAAUCUUUAUGGGAACCAAUUCACAGGAAACCAUUUAUCAUCUCUGCUGGGCAGCCUCAAUUCUCUAGAGUACAUUGAUCUUAGGCAUAAUCGAUUUGAGGGAUUAUUCUCAUUUUGCUCAUUUGCGAACCAUUCCAUGCUCGAGGUGGUUGCAAUUACAAGUGAUAAUGACAAAUUUGAGGUGGAAACUGAAUAUAAAGAUUGGUUACCCAUGUUUCAGUUGAAGGUCCUUUUGCUACCAAAUUGUAAUCUGAACAAGCGCUCUGGUGAUUUUUCGAAGUUUCUUCUUCACCAGAACAAACUAAGUUUUAUUGAUCUCUCCCACAAUAACUUGGAAGGUUCAUUCCCAAAUUGGCUACUUGUGAACAAUAACAAACUGAAAUAUUUAAGACUACGGCAUAACUCUUUUGUUGUUGAAUUUCAUUUGUCGCCAGAUUACAAUUCUUAUACUUAUUGGAUGGAUGUUUCAGACAAUCAAUUAAUUGGGCAUAUUGAACUUAGUAUGGGGGAGCUGGUUCCAUAUCUUAUAUACAUAAACCUAUAUGGGAAUGCUUUUGAAGGUAGUAUCCCAUCCUCAAUUGGUAAGAUGAGAAUUUUGGAGGUUCUAGAUUUAUCCAGUAAUAAUCUUUCAGGAGAAGUACCGAAGCAGUUAGUCAUAAAUUGCAGAUCUUUACAUUCUUUAGUGUUAUCAAAUAACAAAUUUCAUGGCCGAAUGUUUUCAGAUGACUUCAAAUUGACUCAGCUAGAGUAUUUACGAUUGAAUGAUAAUCAGUUUACAGGGCCUCUAACAAAUGUGGUCUUCAAUUUGUCAGAACUAUAUUUGUUGGAUAUUAGCGACAACAACAUGUCAGGUAAGAUUCUAGGAUCGAUGAGUAACAUGAUAGGGCUUAAAACAUUGAUCAUGCGAAAUAAUUCAUUUAAUGGUUAG